AUGAGCCAAGGCCCCCCCCCAGGGGAGAGCAGCGAGCCCGAGGCGAAGGUCCUCCACACCAAGCGGCUUUACCGGGCUGUGGUGGAGGCCGUGCAUCGACUUGACCUCAUCCUUUGCAACAAAACCGCUUAUCAAGAAGUGUUCAAACCAGAGAACAUUAGCCUGAGGAACAAGCUGCGUGAGCUCUGCGUCAAGCUCAUGUUCCUGCACCCGGUGGACUAUGGGAGGAAGGCUGAGGAGCUGCUGUGGAGAAAGGUGUACUAUGAAGUCAUUCAGCUUAUCAAGACUAACAAAAAGCAUAUCCACAGCCGCAGCACCUUGGAAUGUGCCUACAGGACACAUCUGGUAGCCGGGAUUGGCUUCUACCAGCACCUGCUUCUCUACAUCCAGUCCCACUACCAGCUGGAGCUUCAGUGCUGCAUCGACUGGACCCAUGUCACCGACCCCCUCAUAGGAUGCAAGAAGCCAGUGUCUGCCUCAGGGAAGGAGAUGGACUGGGCACAGAUGGCGUGCCACCGAUGUCUCAUGUACCUGGGGGAUUUGUCACGGUAUCAGAAUGAAUUAGCUGGCGUAGACACCGAGCUGCUAGCUGAGAGAUUUUACUAUCAAGCCCUGUCAGUAGCCCCCCAGAUUGGAAUGCCCUUCAACCAGCUGGGCACGCUCGCGGGCAGCAAGUACUACAACGUGGAAGCUAUGUACUGCUACCUCCGCUGCAUCCAGUCGGAGGUGUCCUUUGAGGGGGCCUAUGGGAAUCUCAAGCGGUUGUAUGAUAAGGCUGCCAAAAUGUACCACCAGCUAAAGAAGUGUGAGACUCGGAAACUCUCCCCCAGCAGGAAGCGAUGUAAAGACAUUAAGAGGUUGCUGGUGAACUUCAUGUACCUGCAAAGCCUCCUGCAGCCCAGAAGCAGCCCGGUGGACGCGGAGCUCACAUCCCUCUGCCAGUCGGUCCUGGAGGACUUCAACCUGUGCCUCUUCUACCUGCCCUCCUCACCCAACCUCAGCCUGGCCAGCGAGGGCGAGGAGGACUACGAGGGUGGCUACGCUUUCCUCCCGGACCUUCUCAUCUUCCAGAUGGUCAUCGUCUGUCUCAUGGGUGUGCACAGCUUGAAGAGAGCAGGAUCCAAGCAGUACAGCGCGGCCAUCGCCUUCACCCUGGCCCUCUUCUCCCACCUCGUCAAUCACGUCAACAUACGGCUACAGGCUGAGCUGGAGGAGGGCGAGAACCCCGUGCCGGCGUUCCAGAGUGAUGGCACAGAUGAGCCCUUGGAGAAGGAGGAGGCGCCGGGCCCUGAGCCCCCUCCCGCAGCACCUCAAGCUGGUGAGGUCAGAAAGAGCCGGAAGUUCUCCCGCCUCUCCUGCCUCCGCCGCCGUCGCCAUCCACCCAGAGCUGGGGAUGACAGUGACCUGAGUGAAGGUUUUGAGUCGGACUCCAGCCAUGACUCGGCCAGGGCCAGCGAGGGCUCGGACAGCGGCUCCGACAAGAGUCUGGAAGGUGGGGGAACGGCCUUUGAUGCGGAGACAGACUCGGAAAUGAACAGCCAAGAGUCCCGAUCAGACCUGGAAGAUAUUGAGGAUGAGGAGGGGACACGGUCCCCAGCCCUGGAGCCCCCUCGGCCCAGGUCAGAGGCUCCCGAGUCUCUCAAUGGCCCACUGGGCCCCAGCGAGGCCAGCAUUGCCAGCAAUCUACAAGCCAUGUCCACCCAGAUGUUCCAGACCAAGCGCUGCUUCCGACUGGCCCCCACCUUCAGCAACCUGCUCCUCCAGCCCCCUGCCGAAGCCCCCACCGCGGCCAGCCGCAGGCCCUGUGUCAACGGAGAUGCAGACAAGCCCUCGGAGCCAGUGCCUCCAUCCCCACGCUCGCUGCCGUACCUUCGGCCGUCUGCCUGUGGUGCCGUCCGGGAGCGUUUUCCCGGAUUCCGCACUCCUGCUGGCUCCUCACUCCCAGCACCUAGCUCUCAGAGCCUGUGGAAUCGCCUGUCUGUGUUGCUGAACCUGUUGCCAGCUGCCGGUGAACUCCAGGAGUCUGGCCUGGCCCUGUGUCCCGAGGUCCAGGACCUUCUCGAAGGUGGUGAACUGCCUGACCUGCCCUCUAGCCUGCUGCUCCCAGAGGACACGGCCCUUCGUAACCUGCCUCCCCUCCGGGCCGCCCAUAGACGCUUUAACUUUGACACAGAUCGGCCCCUGCUCAGCGCCUUAGAAGAGUCGGUCGUGCGCAUCUGCUGCAUCCGCAGCUUUGGCCACUUCGUCGCCCGCCUGCAAGGCAGCAUCCUGCAGUUCAGCGCGGAGGCCGGCAUCUUCGUCAGCAUCGCCCAGUCUGAGCAGGAGGGCGUGUUGCCACAGGCCCAGGCCCAGAUCCGCAUGGCUCAGGAGGAAGCACGUCGGAACAGGUUGAUGCGGGACAUGGCCCAGCUACGACUCCAGCUCGAGGUCUCUCAGCUAGAAGGGAGCCUGCAGCAGCCCAAGGCCCAGUCGGCGAUGUCUCCCUACCUCGUCCCCGACACCCAGGCCCUCUGCCACCACCUCCCGGUUAUCCGCCAGCUGGCCACCAGUGGCCGCUUCAUCGUCAUCAUCCCGAGGACAGUGAUCGACGGCUUGGAUUUGCUGAAGAAGGAACACCCAGGGGCCCGGGAUGGGAUCCGAUACCUGGAGGCAGAGUUUAAAAAAGGAAACAGGUAUAUUCGCUGCCAGAAAGAGGUGGGAAAGAGCUUCGAGAGGCACAAGCUGAAGAGGCAGGAUGCGGAUGCCUGGACCCUCUAUAAGAUCCUGGACAGCUGCAAACAGCUGACCCUGGCCCAGGGGGCAGGUGAGGAGGAUCCAAGCGGCAUGGUGACCAUUGUCACGGGCCUCCCACUGGAUGACCCCAGUGCGCUGUCAGGCCCUAUGCAGCCCGUUUGGGAGGCGAGGGCGCCAGCGGGCCUCCGGCGCAACAAGCACGCGAGGCAGGCCUAG